AUGUUCAACAAGGGCGCGGUGCAGAACUCGGAGCCGCCGGCCUGGAAGCGCCGCACGGCGGCGCCCCCGCCCAUCAAGCUGCCGGGCGCCGACAAGCCCGCGGACAAGCCUUCGUACGCCGCGGCCCCAAAGAGCUCCGAGUCCCUCGUGGACGCCGCCGUGCAGGAGCGCAAGCUGCGCGAGGAGCAGGAGCGCCGCGCGGCGCAGGAGUCGCGUGACGCCAUGGCCAAGCAGUCUUCGUACGACUUGGAGCACGACCGCGCGUACAACCACGCGGUGAAGCAGAUGGAGUACGUCCGCACGGCGGAGCAGAAGGCCAAGGAGUCGCUCGCGCAGUUCACGAGUGACGGUAAGACGUUUGAGGCCGAGAAGCGCGAGGAGCAGCGGCGCCUCGAGGAGCUCGAGCGCAAGAAGGAGCAGGACGCCAAGACCCUCAACGCCUCGACGUCCUACUCCACGGAGUACGACCACUCGUACAACCACUUCCACAAGCAGCGCGAGAACGUCACGAAGUCGGAGCAGGACGCGCAGAAGGCGCUGCGGAACUUUGCGGGCGGGAAGACCUACUUCGAGGAGCAGCUUGAGGAGAAGAAGCGUCUGCAGGAGCUGGAGCGACAGAAAGAGCAGAGCGCUAAGGAGGCGUCCGCCAAGAACAACUUCUCCUCGCCCGACUUCGACCACGCGUACGUGCACGCGAAGGAGAUCGCGCAGGUGGAGAAAGAGGCCGAGGAAAAGGCCAAGGCGGCGCUGUUGAAGUACGACCAGCACGACGUCUCGCAUGAAUAUGUCAUGAAGAACGGCUUCAUGGUGCCUAAGAGCGGCACCGGGACCCCGAAUGCCAAGCGCUACCCGUUCACAGACCCAGCCUCACGCAUCAAGAAGCCUAGCCCUCAGGCCUUGAAGGCACUCGCAAGGUUCCAAGAGCAGCUCGCCGAAAGCCGAGCGCGCGACGAGCGGAAGGCGUUGGAUGAUGCCGCACGCAAGGCGUCGUGGGAGUCUAACCGUAAGAUGUCGAUUGAGUCGGUCGAGUCUAUGGAGUCGACCCGGAAGCAAUCCAUUGACGAAGUAGACAUUGAGCAGAUCAAGGCCUCUGUCGACGAAGCCAAGAUCGACGUCAGAUCUGCAGCUCAGAAGUUCGCCGAGAUGGAUCGUAAAGCUGCUGAACUGGCCAAGCAGAACAAGAAACCUCUAACGUUCAAUGGUAUGGCUUAUGCUCAAGGCGCGCGAGCUUUCCGCAGUAAGGAUCAGGAUCGUAAGGAAACCCAGCGGAAAAAUGACAUGGCGACGCAAAUCCAGUCAGGAGUGCGCGGCGUGAUUGCGCGCGAGGCUUACAGCGAGAAGCUUGCAGCAUCGGAGAGAAUUGCCAUCCGAAUUCAGACUGAAUUCCGGCGACGGCAGGCACAGAAGCAAUUAGAGGCUCUCCGUCAGCAGCUACAAAGAGAG